AUGACAACCCGCGUACUUCGACGGAAUAUCAAGAUCCUCGUGAUCAACCCCAACUCGUCAGAGGACAUGACGAGGGGCAUGGAGAGGGCCAUACAAGCAAUGCCCUUGCACGACUCCCUUGAGAUCCAUACGUACACGGCGCCGUCGGAAAGCCCGGCGAGCAUCAACGAUGACGUCGACAUCCAGUUGAGCACCGAGGUCGUCGUCAAGGACCUCGUCAACAGCGGCAAGCUCGACCAGUACGACGGCGUGCUCAUCGCGUGCUACAGCGUCCACUCUCUGGUAGAGAAGCUCUCGCGCCAGUUCCACUCGUCCCUCGCCGUCACCGGCAUCUUCGAGGCAAGCAUCCUCGCCGCGACAGCGCUUCUGCCCCACAGCUCAACCGCCUCGUACCUCUCAUCGAAAUGGGGCAUCGUCACCACGGGCGAUUUCUGGGAGAGGCACCUCGGCAAGGGGGUCAAGGGCUACCUGGGCCAGGCGGAGGAGUCGGAGAACGUCAAGUUCGGCGGGGUCACGUCGACCGGCUUGACGGCCGGGGACUUUCACCACGUCAGCCCGGCCGAGGUGAGGGGCAAGCUCGAGCAGGCAACCAAGAAGCUCCUCGGCAACGGCGACGUGCGCUGCGUUGUCAUGGGAUGCGCCGGCAUGGCUGGGCUGGAGGACAUCAUCCGCAGCUCGGCCAUUGACGUGUAUGGUGAGAGCAAGGGCAGGCAGGUCUUCGUAAUCGACGGCGUGAGGGCCGGUAUCUUGCAAUUGGAGCAGACCAUCAGAAGCAGACGACUAUUCCAAAUUUAG